ACCCGAUAUGAUCUCUGUUACUGUGGGUGCAUUAUCUGUAUCCGAAGAAAGCUCAACACUGCAGAUCGCUGUAGGCUUCUCUGGAGAAGUAAGAACGUUAUCACUAGCAUUUGUCGUUUUUACAGCCUGUCUAAACCGACGUGGAUACAUUAUAUCGGCUUUUACUUUUUUUUUAAAAAAAUUUAGAACUGAGUCGGCUGCUUCUCCUACUGCAGAGACCCUGACUGAUCGCCAACCCAGCAGGCUAUCCUCAUCCCGGCAGCAAUACAGGCACAGGUGUGGACUGACUGACCUAAACCCUAACUCUGGAUACUGGACCCCAAAUGACGCUGUGAGGGAAUUGAGGUGCUUCGAGAGGGCUAGAGGACUACUCCGUCAUGUCACAGCAAAACAGGGAUGGGGUGUUGAACCCUGCGUACCACCACUCCGAGACCCUGGAAAUGGACAGAGGCUCACCUCAGAGAUCACAGCACCAGAACCCCUAUGCGAGUGAAGACUUCAGGCCACGGUGGGACGGGGGGCCGGCAGGGAGGGGCGGCCCGGAGGUGUUGCCUCCCUAUGAUAUGGAGCGAGGCCCCUGGGACACUACAGAGACCAUCCCAAUGAGACCCCUACCUUCUGAACAGGAUUUUGGUGAACGGUACCCCUCCACCUCCCCCCAGGUCCACAAUGGGUUUGGGUUCGAGUGGGAACCAGCCAAUGAGAACAGCUUGGCACCCCCAGGCUGGCAGCAAAACUCCCUUGAGGGCCAUCAAGCAUACAGACAAGGAGGAGAGAGCUCGGUGAGGCAGCGAGGAGUACGGAAAUACAGCCUCUUCCCUACAGGAACGCUGAGCACCUCCGCACUGGAAAGGCUGGGAUUUAAAGAGGAUGAGUUCCAGGAUGUGUUGGAGGAAGAGAGACAGGAUCUGGUCAGAGAGCUGGCUGCCAUGUCCUCCAGGGAUCGUGUCCGAGCUGUCCGCCAGCUACCCAUGAACCUCCAGGAGAAGGACCAGAUCAGGAAGAAAGUGCUGCUUAAGAAGACGUCUGAGAAACAGCACCAGGAACAGAACUGCUGUACGGACUGCUCACAGAACGUUUCAAUGUCUUUUAGGAGAUGCGGUGCCAGCUUCUCCGCCGUGCCCCAGGCUCUGCAGCUCUGGCAGGGCACCCUGAAGGAGAUCGGGGGUAAGUUUGGCACCAGUGUCCUCUCCUACUUCCUCUUCCUAAAAUGGCUGCUCAUGUUCAACAUCUUCUCCUUCCUGGUCAACUUCGGCUUCAUCACCGUGCCACAGCUGCUUGACCACGAGGCCAAGAACACUGGGACAUUCCGCGGGCUGGAGAUACUGACCGGAGCGGGUUAUUUCAGCAACUCUGUGCUGUAUUACGGUUUCUACUCAAAUGGCACAGUGUCUGGGGGUAGUGCUAGCGGUAACUCCACAUCCGGGAUGCCUCAGUACAACAUGCAGUUGGCAUACUUCUUCACCAUCGGAGCCUACUUGGUUCUGUGCUGCAUUAGCCUUGUCUACAGCGCUGCACGCUCGUUCCGGGAGAACUUCAUGCUGGCUGGGGCUGUGGUCGGCAAUGCUGGGAGGCUGCUGAGCAGCUGGGACUUCAGUGUAGUCAACGAGAAAGCUGUGCGUCUGAGGCAGGACAACCUGCGCACACAGCUCAAGGAGUCACUGGCUGAGAAGACCAAUGAGAAUCUUUCGCUCACGUUAUCCCAGAAACUCGCUCGCUUUGGGAUCCACGUGGCUGCUUGGCUCGUUUCCACAGGGAUGGCUGCAGGCUGCUGCGCCGGCGUCUACUUCCUGUGUUGCUACAACAUGAAUUUGAUCAAUAAGUCCCCUGCAUCCCAGAGCCUGACAGCCGAGGCAGGCACUCUGCUCCUCCCCGUCGUGGUGUCCCUCAUCAACCUGGUCAUCCCACUCCUCUACUCCCUGUUCAAGAAGGUGGAGCCCUUCACCUUCCCCCGGCACCAGAUCUACGCUCUCAUCAUUAGGAACGUUCUUCUGAAGAUGUCCAUCUUGGCUAUGCUCUGCUACUUCUGGCUGGAACAAGUUGUGGAAAAUGAUAACAUCAAUUGCUGGGAGACGUUCGUGGGGCAGGAUAUCUACAGGCUCAUCAUCAUCGACUUCAUUUUCUGUCUCCUGGGCUCCUUCUUCGGGGAGUUCCUGCACAAUGUGAUCGGGACAAAGUGCCUGAGUGGUCUAGGAGUUCCGGAGUUUGACAUUGCGCGGAACGUUCUAGACUUGAUCUACGCACAGACUCUAGCCUGGAUUGGGAUUUUCUUCUCUCCGCUGCUGCCUGCCAUUCAGAUCAUAAAACUCUUCCUGAUCUUUUACCUUAAAAAGGUGAGCUUGAUGCAGAACUGCCAACCUCCUAAGCGAUCGUGGCGGGCAGCUCAGAUGAUGACCACCUUCAUCCUCCUCCUCUUCUUCCCAUCCUUCUCCGGGGCGCUGUCCGUGGUGGCAUUCAUUGUCUGGAGGAAGGCCCCCUCUGAGUCCUGUGGUCCGUUCCGAGGGCUGGCUGUACCCUACGAUGCCGUGUCUCAGUGGAUGGAUUCUGUGGAUAUCGAUUUCCACGGGUCCAGUUGUGCUGUGUGGAUCUACAAUAACCUGAUCAAAAGCGUCCUGUUCUUCCUCAUCAUCACACUCCUUGUCUUGAUUCUGAUCUACCUUUACUGGCAGAUCGUAGCAGGGCGCAAAGUCCUCAUCGUCCUUCUUCAGGAACAGAUCUCUAACGAGGGGAAGGACAAGACUUUCCUGUUAGAGAAGAUAGAGAAGCUGAAGGCUCAGAUCAGCGCUCAAACAGCACAGAGAGGAGGGGCAGAGGUGAGCCACCGCACCGGUUCGAGAGCUUUCCAAAGGAGCCGGAGAAGGAGUCAGGAUCGGGGUUCAAGAGGCUUAGAGAGAGGCAGGGUGUCAACUGUUGACCAGGGUUCAAGAAGCCCCGGAAGGGGCAGGAUGCCUGAAUAUGAGCCGCGUUCCAGAGGAAGGGACACAGCAUUGCCUGGAUAUGUACAGGAGGGUAUAGGGACUGCCUCCAUGCUGGGCUCGGAGAGGGAAUAUCCAGGAAGAGCCGAUUACCUGCAGGAAGAUCCGUACUCCCAGGAAGACAGCACAGGGCCCCCUGUCCCCAGUGCAUUGGUGCAGGCUCUUCUCGCACGGAGGCAGGCUGAGGAAGAGGAUGAAGAGGAGGGAUAUUAAAGAUAGUGGAUUAAUCCAGCACCUUAGACAAGCCGCACAGUUCUCUUGCGUGGAGCAACCUGGUUGUAUUCAGCACCUCUUUGCACCUGCGUGUGGCUGACCUAGCAUAGCGAUUGAUAACGUUCAUUAUCAAAAACUCCACUUUCUGUACUUGAAUGCUUUAAACCUGAGUGUCUUCCAGUCGUAGAGAUUUAGUUUUUUUUUUAAUUGCAAAAAGAAUGUCGAUUUUGAAUUCAUAUAUUUGAAACAUAUUUAAAUACAGCAGAUUUUAAAUGUGAAAA